UACAGUAUUCUGUGCAGAUUUGAUGCGCAGGAUUUCAAGCUGUGUUCAGUUUACAUUGAAAUCUGCGGCAGAAAAUCCCGCGCAUCAAGUCUGCUCAGGAUACUGUGUGUGUGAAUAGACCAUUAAAGGGUAAAUGUAACCCCCCUCGUGCUUCACAUAACAACCGUAUCCAACGUACUCUGGUCAGACCAGUUCCUCGCUGUGUUUACCCUUUGCCAUAGCAACCAUCACACGUGCAUAUUGACUGUCUCCUCCGGCACAUGCGCACUGAGCCCCUAAGGAGCCUCUAUACCUUAUCCUGCAGAUUGUUUCAUCCUCUCUGAGCCUCUACACCUUAUCCUGCAGACCGUCUCAUCCUCUCCGCACCAGAUCCAACCUGAAAAAGUGUCCAAGUAGGACUGAAAUGUUAUGGACUGGAUGUUCUGGAAGUAAAACUCCUGGCGGGAUGUGAUAUACGUAGUUUGUGCAUAAAACCUUAAGCAUGCCAUGGAUAUUGUUCAUAUGAUGCUGUAGGAUUACAUAGUCCACCAAGAAGACACAAAGUAUUGGAGGGGGUUAUAAUUACUUCUGUUCUUGACAGUUCUACCCCCAUGGCCGGGAAGCACUGAUAGUGGCCCAUGUUCAUUUUACGAAGACUACCAUUAAAAUCAAAGAAUGAGCAGGGCUGAAGUCUGUGGAUCAGCUUCCAAAGUCAAUCUGUGUAAGGUGUCAGCAGAGAGCACUGUGGUCAGACAGAAAGGAAAUUCAAAAAGAAAAGAACUUCCUCUGUAGUAUACAGCAGCUUAAGGGUAGUGGAAGGAUUAGGAUUUUGAAAUAGAAGUAAUAUACAAAUCUGUUUAACUUUCUGGCACAAGUUGAUUAAAUUUUUUUUUUUUGAGUACCCCUUUAAGCCAAGUGCCGCAGCCAUCAACGCUCACAGGGUUUCAACUUGACGCCAUCUAAUUACAAAAGUUGUGCUUUAGUUUAAAUGCAAAAAAGCAUGAAUAAACAUCUGCAUCUGAAUAGCUUAGAAGAAUCUGCCAAGUAAAGGUAUUGGGAAAGCUGGAAGUUCUUGACCCAGAAGAUAAUGAUAAUCCACAAUCCAGCAUUUCGAUGUCUCUGGUGAGUCCAGAAUUCACAACAAAGCAACCUGAAACCUUUCAAAAUGGGAAACUACAAGUGCUUGGACCUAAAGAGGAAGUGGUUAUUAAUCCCUAUGAUGCUGCAGCAAGACCUGGCAGCGCAGCUGGAAGACAAGGAUCAGCAGGUAGAAGUUAUAUUCCUACAAAACAGAUCCCCCUGUGUACAGUAAAGCCCUUGGUGCCCAGCAGUAAUAUUCCAGAUUACGUUGCGGCACCCAGCAUGCAAGCAAACAAGCCAGAAAAUAACAAAACGCAUACGACAUCAUCCACGCCAAGAAACACAGAUGAAAAAGAAGCCGCAGGACCUCAAUCAUUGGCUAUUCAUAACGGCAACAUCAAAGGACGUCUGGAGGAGUCUACUGAUGAAGAUGAGAGCGAUGAUGAGUCCGGCCGCGCUCCCAUCCAGCUUCUAGCAGAGUUCGUCACUGCUGUCAUGGAUGAGGACUAUCAAGUGGCCAAGAAACUGUGUCAGAUGAUUCUGAUAUAUGAACCAGAAAAUCCGGAGGCAAAACAAUUUUCACCUCUUAUUGAGGAAAUGCUGCAGAUUGGUAUGGAUGAACAACAGCAAAGUAGUGGUGAUGAGGACAGUGAAGACUCAGAUGAGGACACAGAUGAAGAGACCGAUGAGGACACCAGUGAUACAGAUGAUAAUGAGAACCAUUGUACUGCCAAACACUAUCCAUAAACUAUUUUAUGUUUAUUAAGGGGUGGUCCAGUGGUUCUCUUUGAUGCCCAAUGAAAGAUCGGAAUAGAAAGCUACAAAAUGUCUUCAAGACCUCAGGCCAAUCGUUUAAAUGAAUGGCCGACAUUUGAUACAUGGAUGGACUGAGUUUAGACAUUUCCUUUGCUUAGUGGCUCUGGUUCUUUCUUUUUCACUUCUGUAUACCAUAAGAGGACAUAUGGACCAUCUUAAAACAAUACUGAAACUGUAACUCCAUUGUGCAGUAAUAGUAUAUUUUAUUCUGUCUACCUUAUUCAUCUUAUAGUUAUUUUCGGCGUGGGCAUGCUCUUUGACUUGUGCUGAAGUCACUAUGCAGGCGAGGGAGGAGAUAAGUGGUGACAAUCACCUAUUGUGAAUGGUAGAUCUUAUUUUAUCUUUUGACAUAUUUCUGCCUGUAUUGAGUAAGUUAUUGAUCUCAAGAAUACAGAAAAAGUCAGCCUGUUAUGAAGCUUAAAGGGGUGUUCAGGCCUUAGACAUCUUAUCCCCUAGCCAAAGGAUAGGACAUAAGAUGUCUGAUCGCAGUUGUCCCGCUGCUGGGACCCCCCGCGAUCUCCAUGCAGCCCCAGCAUUCUGUGCCGGGUGCUGCUCCCAAGACCAAGACCUAACAUUAUAACCACGUCACAGCACGCCCCC